AUGGACGUCAAGGAGACCAAGCCGACAGCGACGCAAAUUGAAGAGGUUCAGUCACCCACUGAGCUGGAUAUUGCAGUUGCGAAGGGCGACUAUGAGGUUAAAGCCGUCCAAGACUCACGCUUCGCCGCGGCGAUUGCACAAGACAAGCCGAGUCCGUGGUCCAAAGGGUUGUUGAUGCUCUAUCCAAUCCUGUUCGUCGCUUUCAUGAACAGCGCCGCGAACGGCUUCGACGGUAACACCUUCGGCGGCGUCUCUGCCUUGCCGGACUUCGAGCGGCGGUUCGGUACGAACGUCGCGUCGAGCCAAGGCUUUCUGGCGGCGCUUUAUAUUCUUGGAAACGUCCUCGGCUCCUUCGUUGCAGGCCCAUUAGCGGAUAACCUCGGACGCCGCAAGGGCAUGGCUAUUGCCAACCUUGUGGUCGUGAUCGGGACAGUCAUACAGGCUGCAGCCUUCAAGCGUCGCGACAUGAUCGUUGGUCGUAUUCUGCUCGGUGUCGGAUCGGUCAUGCUCGGUCCCAGUGCGCAGUCCUACACUGUAGAGAUCUCGCAUCCUGCGUAUCGCGGAGUCAUGAUGGGUCUGUACAAUGGCUGCUAUUUCAUUGGCGCAAUUGUCAGCACUUGGCUCGAGUACGGUCUCGUGGACAACUCCAAGGGCGAGCUGAACUGGCGCUUUCCGAUGGCUACACAGGCCCUCCCUUGCGUGAUUGUGCUGGCUUUCGUUUGGUUCCUGCCAGAGUCACCACGCUGGCUGAUGAGUCGUGGGCGCGAAGAGGAGGCGCAGAGGAUCUUAGCGAAGUAUCACGGUGAAGGCGAUCCCGAGCACUUCAUUGUCCGCAUCCAGAUGGAUGAGAUGAGGGAAGCGAUACAGACAUCUGGUAGUGACAAGCGCUGGUAUGACUACCGCGAGCUAUUCAACACUCGUGCAGCCCGCUACCGCAUGUUCUUGGUCCUCUGUAUUGGCUUCUUCGGCCAGAUUGACCUUCCGCCAACGUCUUACUACAUGCCACUCAUGGCGAAGACAGCAGGCAUCACGUCGACCAAACAGCAGCUGCUCAUGAACGCCCUCCAAAGCCCUGUCAUGACCCUUGGCGUCCUGUUGGGAGUCCGAUUCAUCGACAAGGCAGGCCGCCGGCCCAUGCUGAUGGGCUCAAGCUCCGUCUGCAGUUUCUGCGUUCUAAUGAUAAUUAUUUGCACCGCACUGCAGCACCAGAACCCGCAUCUUGGCAUGACUGGCAUUGCGUUCGUCUAUGUCUUCUUAUUUGCAUUCGCGUUCGUCUGGACUCCGUGCCAGGCGCUCUACCCAGCUGAGGUCUUGGCGUAUAAUGCGCGCGGUAAGGGGCUGGCAAUGUCCGGUCUGUGGCUCAACAUUGUGGCCUUCGUUAACACAUACGCUGCGCCGGUCGGCAUAACGAACUCCGGAUGGAAGUUCUAUUUCUUGUACUUCGUGGUGGACUUCAUGGGCAUUGUCGUCAUCUACUUCUUCUUCGUCGAGACAAAGGGCCGAUCGCUUGAAGAGAUUGAUGACAUCUUCGCAAGCGAAAACGCCGUCAAAGCAUCUCUGCGGAAGCAGGAGGUCGUAGUAAUCAAGGAAUGA